AAGAAAAUAAUAGAGCGAAGGAGAAAAAAUGAAAAAAGAUGACCUAAAGGAGCUCUCCCAAGGUCCCAUGCCAUGUCUUCUCAGCUCCCCCAUCAUUUGAUCUCCCGUCUCCGCCAUUAGCAACCACCACCUUCUUCCUCCUUUCUUCAAUCUUCUUAUUAUUCACCGUUAGAUUUUCAUAUCAUUUCAAAUUUUCAAUCAUGAUGUCAUCCGGCGAUCAUCAAGGGAGGGAGUUAGGGGAGGGGUCGUCAUCGUCGUCUUUGAGACCGGUGGCGGCGGCGGUGGUGCUGCCUCCUCAGCCGGUGCAGCUCAGCCGCUACGAGGCGCAGAAGCGCCGCGAUUGGAACACAUUCGGGCAGUACUUGAAGAACCAGCGGCCGCCGGUUCCACUUCCCCGCUGCAAUUACAAUCAUGUCCUGGAUUUCCUCCGGUACCUCGAUCAGUUCGGGAAGACUAAGGUUCACUUACAAGGCUGCAUGUACUUCGGGCAGCCGGAGCCGGCGGGGCCCUGUACUUGUCCCCUCCGCCAAGCGUGGGGCAGCCUGGACGCGCUCAUCGGCCGCCUACGCGCCGCCUUCGAGGAGAACGGCGGCUUGCCGGAGAGCAACCCCUUCGCCGGCAGCGCCAUCCGCCUCUAUCUCCGUGAAGUUAGAGAUGCUCAGUCUAAGGCCCGAGGAAUCCCCUACAAAAAGAAGAAAAAGAAGAAAAAUAAUGCCCUCCCGAAGCCUAAUAAUGACGAAACGCCCAGCUUCCAGAUGCAAUCCUCUUGAUCUCUCCCUCCGGCUUUCAGGGCGAAAAUGACAAGAACAUUAGAUCUAGCUACUAUGAACUUCACACUUCUCCUCGAUGAACCCUAAAAUCAGAGUCCAAAAAUCCUAGAUCUGCAUUUCCUUUUAUUUUAUAUUUUUCUCUUUUUAUUUUAUUUGGGAGAGGGGUGUUGAUUUUAUGUGCAUAUAUUUAUAUAUAUGUAUGCUUCACCUCUAUGUCUGAACUAAAUAUGAUAAAAUUUUGUGUAAUC